UACUAUUUGUCGCGCAAACGUCCAAGCCUACCGUGAAGGCAACACGGUUCCUGAGUCACAUGACAGCGGAGCGUCUGACUGCGGCUGAUCUGACACUCAGCUAACCAUCAUUAUGCCAACCACACAGCAGUCUCCUCAGGAUGAGCAGGAGAAGCUUCUGGAUGAAGCUGUCCAGGCCGUCAAGGUUCAGUCUUUUCAGAUGAAGCGAUGCCUGGACAAGAAUAAACUGAUGGAUGCUCUCAAACACGCCUCCAACAUGCUGGGUGAGCUGAGGACAUCCAUGCUGUCGCCAAAGAGCUACUACGAGCUCUACAUGGCCAUCUCUGAUGAACUCCACUACCUGGAGGUUUAUCUGACCGACGAGUUCGCUAAGGGUCGCAAGGUGGCCGACCUGUACGAGCUGGUGCAGUACGCAGGGAACAUCAUCCCCAGACUGUAUCUUCUGAUCACAGUGGGCGUGGUGUAUGUCCGUUCCUUCCCUCAGUCUCGUAAGGACAUUCUGAAGGACCUUGUGGAAAUGUGCCGCGGCGUCCAACACCCACUGCGGGGUCUGUUUUUGAGAAACUACCUCCUGCAGUGCACCCGCAACAUCCUGCCAGACGACGGCGAGCAGACAGAGGGCUCAGAGGAGAUGACGGGCGACAUCAACGACUCCAUGGACUUCGUCCUGCUCAACUUUGCAGAAAUGAACAAGCUGUGGGUGAGGAUGCAGCACCAGGGCCACAGCCGAGACCGGGAGAAGAGGGAGAAGGAGCGGCAGGAGCUGAGGAUCCUGGUGGGCACCAACCUGGUCCGCCUCAGUCAACUGGAGGGGGUCAAUGUGGACAAGUACAAACAGAUUGUUCUUCCUGGGGUUCUGGAGCAAGUGGUGAACUGCAGAGACUCUCUGGCUCAGGAAUAUCUGAUGGAGUGCAUCAUCCAGGUUUUUCCAGAUGAGUUCCACCUCCAGACUCUGAACCCCUUCCUGCGUUCCUGUGCUGAGCUCCAUCAGAACGUCAACGUCAAGAACAUCAUCAUCGCCCUCAUCGACAGACUGGCUCUGUUCGCCCACAGAGAAGAUGGUCCUGGUAUUCCAGCUGAGAUCAAACUCUUUGACAUCUUCUCCCAGCAGGUGGCGACGGUCAUUCAGUCUCGUCAGGACAUGCCAUCAGAGGACGUGGUGUCUCUCCAGGUGUCUCUCAUCAAUUUGGCCAUGAAGUGUUACCCUGACCGCGUGGACUAUGUGGACAAAGUCCUGGAAAGCACUGUUGAGAUAUUCAACAAGCUGAACCUGGAACACAUUGCGACCAGCAGCGCGGUGUCCAAGGAGCUGACGCGGCUGCUGAAGAUCCCUGUGGACACCUACAACAACGUCCUGACCGUGCUGCAGCUCAAACACUUCCCACCACUCUUCGAGUAUUUUGACUAUGAAUCCCGCAAAAGCAUGAGCUGCUAUGUGCUCAGCAACACACUAGACUACAACACCACCAUUGUGGCCCAGGAGCAGGUGGACGCCAUCUUGACCUUAGUGUCCACACUGAUCCAGGACCAACCGGACCAGCCCGCAGAUGACCCCGACCCUGAGGACUUUGCUGAAGAGCAAAGCCUUGUGGGUCGUUUCAUCCACCUGCUUCACUCUGAGGACCCUGACCAGCAGUACUUGAUCCUCAACACGGCCAGGAAACAUUUUGGGGCUGGUGGAAACCAAAGGAUUCGUUACACACUCCCUCCUCUGGCCUUUGCUGCCUACCAGCUGGCUUUCAGAUACAAGGAGAACUCCUCACUGGAUGACAAGUGGGAAAAGAAGUGUCAGAAGAUAUUCUCCUUCGCUCACCAGACCAUCAGUGCACUGUUCAAAGCCGAGCUGGCUGAGCUUCCUCUCAGACUCUUCCUGCAGGGGGCGCUGGCUGCAGGAGAGAUUGGUUUCGAGAACCACGAAACUGUAGCCUACGAGUUCAUGUCGCAGGCCUUCUCGCUGUAUGAGGAUGAGAUCAGCGACUCCAAGGCCCAGCUCGCCGCCAUCACACUGAUCAUUGGAACCUUUGAGAGAAUGCGCUGUUUCAGCGAGGAGAACCACGAGCCUCUGAGAACCCAGUGUGCUCUGGCUGCUUCCAAACUGCUGAAGAAACCCGACCAGUGUCGAGCCGUCAGCAUCUGUGCUCAUCUCUUCUGGUCUGGACACAGCACAGACAAAAAUGGAGAAGAGAUCCGCGAUGGCAAACGUGUGAUGGAGUGUUUGAAGAAAGCCCUGAAGAUCGCCAACCAGUGCAUGGACCCGUCACUGCAGGUCCAGCUGUUCAUCGAAAUCCUCAACAGAUACGUCUGUUUCUACGAAAGAGAAAACGAUGCGGUGACAGUCCAGGUCCUAAACCAGCUAAUCCAGAAGAUCAGGGAAGAUCUCCCAAACCUGGAGGCCAGUGAGGAGACAGAGCAGAUUAACAAACACUUCCACAACACCCUGGAACAUCUGCGGCUGCAGAGGGAGUCACCUGAGUCCGAGGGUCCAGCCUACGACGGUCUGGUCCUCUAAAGGGUCCAGCUGUGGGCUGUGAGGUGUAACUAACACUGUGGUAUAAACAGAAACACAGAAAUGUCAUAGUCGCAGGAACACACAAAGGGGAGAAAUAAAAAGACAACUUUUAUUAUUUUCUUUGGUAAAAAUUCUGAUUAUAAACCAUGUAUUCUGCAUCUUUUCCUCCUCAUCAGCAGAAAUGUUUUUUAUCUGCAGCAGUGUUACUUUUUUUUUUUUUUUUUUUAGAAGCGUGUGAAACGUUUCCUUGAUUUGGAAAAGUCCUGGACGUCAUUCCUUUUUUCUCUAAUGAUCUACUUUAACCUUUAUCACUUUACACUUGACCUUAGACCUAACUCUCUGUUGUAGGUAUUUAAAUGCAGUCAACUGAUGGAAAACUCUGUUGCCGUCCUGUAGGAAAAGUUCUGUGACCAAAUUAAAGCCCAGAGAAGAAGUAGUCGUGCUCUUCUCCAAAAACUUAGUUCAAUUUAAAAGAAUGUUGGCUAUUUGGAAGUGAGGUCAAUAAGGUCCUGACUCCAACUGAACUCUCUGACUCCCCCUCCCAUAAACAAGAAACAGUGUACUUGGCUCCAGAGACACGGUCAAACCAAAUGACUCAGUUAACCUGCUGUGAUGACAUCACUGAUCUUUCCCCUGGUGUUGGACAUAUAUAUAUAUAUAUAUAUAUAUACACACAACAGUCAAUCAAUUCUUUUCACGUGUUAGUGACUGGCAGAGGUGUCUUUAGUUGUUUUGGUCCUAGCCGUAGGUGGCACUGUCGGUGUCGGUAUAUCACUCAACCAUGCUACAAAGACGACCUGCAGAGAAAAGAAGAAGGUUCUGAUGAUUGGUUCCUCUGCAGCAUGUUCCGGUUCUUUCUUCUGUUCCUCCUGACCUUUGUCUGCCUG